GCUCGCUCGGGCGGACUCUUAGUCUCCGAUCAAUUCCUUGUCUAUUUGCUGUGCCUUUGCAUCAUUAAAAGGACAUCUGUGACCCGCUCCUUUUAGCAAUAUUUGACGAUUUUCUUACCAAUUCUUGCCCGGGUCAAGACCCCCCACCAGUUAGAACCCCUGUUCCCUGCUCUCUUCACACCAGGGACUUCGAUUUACCUAAAUUGGAUCUUGUAUGCUGUCGACGAGCUAGUGGCGAUCGGAAAUGAAAAGUUCGUCGUGAUUGAACCGAACAGCUUCUCACCGACUCACUGUGGGGAAGGACACUGGUAUUUUGGGGUCGAAAAGUGCGAAACAAAAGCCCAAUCCUGGACCAAGGGUAGAGAACAAGAAAAAUAAACCAAAGCAUAUCUAUACCCACGUCAACCAGCACCUGAGACGCAUUGGGUUACACAAAACCUCGUCCUCCUUCGGCGCAGCAUUAGAACUUCUCGUUCGACAAUCGCCGCCAGCGACAAUCGCAAUUAUUGAUACAACCGGUUUGGGCAAGGCGAAAAUUUCAGAACGGAAGUUCAGGUGAUCGAAGCUUCCAAGAUGCCCCAGCAGACCAUGACGAUACCAAUGCGGACAUCGAGUGUAAACGCGUUGUCGAACGGGAUGCAUAUGUCAAAUGCUAGCCAUGAAGAUUUGAGACGCGAAUCAACGUCGAAAGCCCAGAAGAUAUUGGGUACGACUGAAAUUCCGAUGCCUCAAGAUCAAUCCCGGCGAGAAGACCGAAAAUCGCGAGGGGCUAGCUUCAUGAGAGCCCCGGAUAUCAAGUCGAAGAAAAGCGGCGGUUUUGCUGCGUUCCCUACGCCUACACCUGAAGCAACUUUACCACCACCACAUCUCCGUGUUCGAGCAUCAUCCCCACUGCUCGGGCAGGAAUAUCGAUCACAAGAUGCCAUGCCACCGUCUAUCCCCACGCACUCUAAAAGGGUUCAGCAAUCCGGCUCCUCAUCUACACUGUUUUCCUAUUUCAAUUCCCGCAACUCUACUCUGGACUCUAAUCCAAGUCACAAUACGACAAAAGAUUCCAUAGCGACUGAAGAGAAGGGCUUUCGAGCGCAGCACAAUGUCGAGCCACGCUUUGGUUUGAAACAACCGAAGGGUCCUAUGAAGGACUCGAAACGGAAAAUGCGCCCACCCAGAAUAGAUCUCUCUCUCCUAUUCCCAAAACCACGAGUGGAUGCUGCUCCCAUGCUGUCGCCGCAACGAUUGGUGAAUUCGCCGUCUGCAAUAUCAAUGACCUCCGAGCAUCCCGCAGUCAAACCACAGAAUUUUGACAACCCUGAACCUACAAAGAGAGUCACCAAAACUCCUCCUUCGGGUCACAAAAUGAAGGGUCAUCAAGCCACUGACGUCGCCAGCGAGUCUUCACCGAUUUAUGAGUCAGGCACCACAAACUGGCUUGAUCCAUCACUUGAAAGAACAGUACGCACCAGUGAGAUGGAGAUGGCUUUGAAACGAUACAGCCAAUUCCAGAAAGCUCCUCAGCCUAGUGAACCGACCCGAUCCAGUCAGUUGCAUUUACGACCACGGGACCGUGAACAACCACAAGCAAGUGAUACAAAGUCUACAGGGAGCUCUUUGCGAAAGGUUCCAUCUAAUAGCUCCGCCGGGGGAUGGAGCAGGGAACUAUACUUGUCUCCCAAGUCUUUCUCCCGCCCACACAACAAUCGUACUUCUGACUCGUCGAACGCACGGCACGCUGACUCACGCGAAAACCUCUCUGCCUACAAAAGUUCAAUGUCGAAAAAGAGCAGUAAAAGUACUCUGAAAAAUGUGGAUCUUAAUAAAUCGAGCGUGCUUUGUCUUUCAUCAUCAGAAGACGAAGAGGAUGAGGAGGAAGCGCCAGCCAAACAUGACAAAAACAUAAGAGACAGCGUAACGACCUACGCUGAUUUCGAGGCUGAGAUAUGUACAGCUUCUGCAGCACAAACCACGAAAGGAACACUGAGACGAGUUGAGAGACCUUACUCAAUGUCUGCUAGUAGCCGUGGGUCUCAGUCUGCCCGUCAACAACAGCAAACCAUAUUACGAAACCCAUCAAUGUCGUCUGCGGGAAGGUCGACCCUUGAAACGAGGAGUCACCGUUCGAGCGGUGUACCCACGAUAUCAGAACCCGACUUCCUCAAUACCGAUCCUAUGGCUAGCCAAGCACGAAAACCUUCUCAGAGGGCACGUCUCCAGCAGAGCCAGUCGAACCGCAGAAGCCGAGUUAUAGCCGUGACAAGGCAAGAAGAGCACUUACUCGAAGCAAUGAGACAGCGGAAAGGCAAAAUAACCCCUAGUCUUUUCCAUGAAGCCCGUUACCAAGAUAGCCACGAGCCCGAUAGAAAUUCUAUGCUCUCGGUGCCUUCACGGGACUCAUUCUACGGGUCCGACAUGUCCUUCCUUCGACUCAGCCCUGGACUACCUCCUAUUAUGACACGGAAAGGCCAAGGUGCAAACCAUUUUGAUAAGGACGGCUCCAUUUCCCAGGGCGCGACUUCUGAUGCAGAACAGAAAACCAUAAACUCGAACGCGUCCCCUCGAGUUAGCUUGAUCUAUUCGGAAAGUCUUCCUUCGCCAGCAACCAGUGGAGCUUCCCCAUUGACACCAACCCUUCCUAUACAUCGCUUUUCUCCCCUCCCAUCACAAAAGCCGCCCCCGCGCAACCCGCCUCCGGCUAUACCACCAGUUCAACGGCGACAUUCAAGGCGACGUACCGAUAGUAGCGAGGCCAUCGUUUUAGGCGACGCCGAGGAACGAAAGGAAACGGACGAUUUCCCAAUUUGGGCCUUGGGGUGGGGAGGUAAUGAUAAUGCCAACCUUACAGCAGUACACUGAAAGUCAGACUGUACCCAGUCACAUUCCAUAACACCCCGGUCCUUUAUUACUGUCAUGAACGAAUCACUCAUCCGCCAUUAUACCCCUAGGUCUCGUCAUUGGUUGACGCACCUGCAACACAUGUCACACUUUUCCUAAUUCUUAUUAUAUACACUCAUUAUUUCUAUCACUAUCUCACUCUCUGAUCUUUUCCCAUCUUGAUUGAUUACCUACCAUUCGCUGUUCCAUACAUUUCCUUGUCGUUCUUACAUACCACACGAUGACUGGCUAGACAAAGCCAUUUUCUUAUACAUUGUACUUACUCACAGGUUCUUAAUGCCCAGGGAGAAGGAAUAAAC